GGUUGCUCUGCCAACACCCUGCUCUGCCUGGAGAGAUAUCUGGCCAGUUCUGGUGAGCAGAAAAAAUGUCUACUCGUUACCACCAAGCUGCUAGUGAUAGUUAUCUGGAACUUCUAAAAGAGGCUACCAAGCGAGAUCUAAAUCUUUCGGAUGAAGAUGGCAUGACUCCCACUCUCUUAGCAGCCUACCAUGGGAACUUGGAAGCCCUAGAGAUAAGCUGCAGUAGAGGAGGGGACCCUGAUAGGUGUGACAUCUGGGGAAACACUCCUCUACAUUUUGCAGCCUCCAAUGGCCAUGCCCACUGUGUCUCAUUCCUGGUCAACUUUGGUGCCAACAUCUUUGCCCUGGAUAAUGACUUACAGACUCCGCUGGAUGCUGCCGCCAGCAGGGAGCAGAAUGAAUGUGUUGCUCUCCUGGACAAGGCUGCCACUGCCCAGAACAUCAUGAACCCCAAGAAGGUUGCCAGGCUGAAGGAGCAGGCUCAGAAGAAUGCCAGGAGGCAGAUCAAAGAGUGUGAGCGGCUCCAGGAGAAGCACCAAAAUAAGAUGGCCCGUACCUACAGCAAGGAGGAAUCUGGGACUCUCUCUUCUUCCAAGGGCACCUUCUCCAGGUCAUCCCCUUCAAAUGCUUCUGCUCCUGGCACAUUUGGGUCACUAUCUAAGGGUAUCAAAGACACUUUCAAGAUCAAGUUCAAGAAGAACAAAGAUACAGCAGAACAGGUGGGGAAGGAAGGCAGAAGUGGGCAGAGGAAUGUGAUGGAAGUGUUCAGAGAGGACGAGGAAGACUCCUUCUCAGGGGACUUCAAAGAGAAGCUCCAGUUGUCGGCAGAGGAGGACAGCAGUGUGCACCGUGAAUCCAUUCUCAAUCGUCCAGGUCUAGGAAAUAUUGUUUUUAGAAGGAACAAAUUAUCAAGUCCUGAAGACAUCUCAGAUAGCGAGAGGGAGUUGGGGUUUAAACUGCCCAGUGAAUUGCUUCAAAGACAAGGAGCAGCAGCAGCUGAUGAGGACGCAGCUGAUGAAGAGGGAGAGAAAAACAGCAUCAAAGAUGAUCUGCCGUGGGAUGAGGAUGAAGUGGAGUGGGAGGAAGACGUGGUUGAUGCCACGCCCUUGGAAGUGUUCUUGCUGUCUCAGCACCUGGAAGAAUUCCUGCCUAUCUUUAUGAGAGAGCAGAUUGAUCUAGAAGCUCUGCUGCUCUGCUCUGAUGAGGACCUUCAGAGCAUACAAAUGCAGUUGGGUCCCAGGAAGAAAGUUCUAGAUGCUAUCAACAGGAGGAAGCAGGUGCUACAACAGCCUGGGCAGCUGGUCGACACCAGCCUGUGAUGGAGAGCCUUGGAGGGCAGCACUGGGGUGAUGCUGUGGCCUGCUGGUCGCACUCUAGGCAGCACUCCCUCUCUACCCAAUGCCAGAUCACUGGGAAUGGAUUCUAGGGCAUUUGAGAUGCUUACCUGAGAGAGAGGCCCAAACUUUACUCUGGGAAGUAGACUAUGCCCAUCCAAAUAAAUCACCAUGAGAAACUUGAGGAGAUUUCAUAACAAUAAAAUGGCAUUUCUCUUCAGUUAUAUACAUAUGUAUAAUUUUUUUUUUUUUUAGUUGAGAGUCUUACUCUCUCACCCAGGCCGGCGUGCAAAUGGUAUGAUCAUAGUUCACUGUAUUCUUGACUUCCUGGGCUCAAGUGAUCCUCCCACCUCAGCCUCCCAAGUAGCUGGGACUACAGGUGUGCACCCCCACACCUGGCUUAUAUUGUAUGUUUUAGUAGAGGUGGGGUCUUUCCAUGGUGCUUAGACUGGUCUCAAACUCUUGGCCUCAAGCAGUCCUCCCAAAACACUGGGAUUACAGGUGUGAACCACUGUACCCAGCCUAUCUUUUUGAUACUUCUGAAUAAAGAAAGUGUCAUAUGCAUGACAGGAAAAUGAAACUUUCUUUACUUUUCUAUGUCUGGAUUUAAAAUUACAAUCUCAUCACAUUAUCCUGCUGCUUGCUUUCUGAUGUGUAUAACCUGGGGAUUAUAACUCUUUUUCUGUACUGAGCUCUAUGGCUUUGCCUAGUGGUAGAGACUAAAGCUAUUCCCUGGCCUGAGGCUUGAUGCCCAACUUAAAUGCAUCUAACCCUUUAACAAAUGUGUACUUGUUUACAAGUAGUGGAAAUGGGUCUAUAAUACUCCUGCCUGAGAAUAGAGACAGAGUGGUAGUGGGGAAAGUGAAGAAAUAGAAUACAGGGUACCUGUUGUGGACUGAACAGUGUCAAAUUCAUAUGUUGAAGCUCUGACUCCUAAUGUGACUGUAUUUGGAAAUAGGAUCUUUAAAGAAGUGAUUAAGGUUAAAUGAAGUCAUAAGAACAAGACCCUAAUCCCAAAUGACUGGUGACCUUUUAUUCUUUUUUUUUUUUUUUUUUUCUUUUUGAGAUGGAGCCUUGCUCUGUUGUCCAGGCUGGAGUGCAGUGGCACAAUCUCAGCUCACUGUAACCUCUGCCUCCCAGGUACAAGCGAUUUUCAUGCCUUAGCCUCCUGAGUAGCUGGGAUUUCAGGCAUGCACCACCAUGCCUGGCUAAUGUUUUUGUAUUUUUAGUAGAGACAGGGUUAGCCAGGCUGGUCUCAAACUCCUAACCUCAGGUGAUUCAGCUGCCUUGGCCUCCGAGAGUGCUGGGAUUACAUGUGUGAGCUACUGCACCUGGCCUAGGGCUGGUGUCCUUCUAAGAAGAGGAAGAGACUUGUAGGUGGAAAGCAUACAGAGGCCAUGUGAGGACACAGUGAGAACCUCAGGCCGCCGUCUGCAAGCCAAGAAGAGGGGCCUCAGGAGAAACUAACCCCGCCAACACCUUGAUCUUGGACUUCCAGCUCCGAAGGUGUGAAAAAAUAAACUUCUAUUGUUGAAGGCA